CCAAAUUUCAGCAAAUCGGAUUAUCCUUCCUCAAUAAUCGCCGUUACAACAAACUUCCUUUCUCCACUCUGACUCUCCCCAGAGAGAAGAGCGGCCUCGCCGUUUUAGAUCCCUUUCUUCAACAGAACGCCCUUCAAUGGCGUUGGCUUCACCCUCUCCUACACUUCAAUACAUUCCAUUCCUUAACCCAACCUUCUCUUCCAUUUUCAAACCUGCACCUCCCAUUAUUUCUGGUUAUAAAGCCUUACUUCCCCAACACAUUCCUACACCCACCUCACCUUUUGACACUGUCCCUAAUUGGAAAGCCUUUCGGUCACUUCAAAUCACACAUCGCCCCCGCAACAUCUUGUUCCGCUUCCUACACAAAACCAUCAACACUCGCUUCUACUUACAUCAAAAAUUACCGAAGCUCAUCACUAGCCUUUAAUGCAUUCACUGUCCUUACUUCCGCCGCAACACCAUUGACACACUUGACCAUUUCAACUUUCUUUGCCCAGUCAAAUACAAAAUCUGGUGUCACAUCCUCUCCACAUAUAUCGAUCCUUCUCUUACCGCUCCUUCAAUUCACCACUUACAACAACUCCUCAAUCUCCGUACCACCAUCAGUCGCUCCAGUCAUUUUGCAUUCCCAACCCUAUCCGCACAACAAAUCUGCGCUAGCACAUUGGAAGGUCUAUGGUCCAG